AACCCUCGUACUAGCUUUGUAAAUCUAUAUUUGCCAAUAAGGAACCUUGCAAGUCAGAAAUGGAUAGCACUCUCUUUCGCCUACUCGUUGUUCUAUUGGGGUUAUCUCAUAUUAUAUUCUCGAAUGCCGUCCCAGUUACAAGAACUGGAACCCUAAUGCAUGGAUCUCAAGUUCAUCAAUUUCAGGAGAAUACUCACCUGAUAACUGUGGAGAAGAGUUCUGAUGGUGAAAUCAUCAAGGGAAGGAUGUUUGCGGAGCUGAAUGAUUAUCCAGGGUCAGGAGCAAAUAACCGCCACACCCCGAGGCCGUAACUCGGCGGAUGUAUCGAUCGUUAGGGUUCUUUGUAGUAUGUUAUAGAGAUGUAAAGUUAAUUUGCAUUGAAAGGGAGAGAGGUUCUGAGGACUAAUUUUAGCAGACUCUAGGAUUAUCAAUGUUAGAAAGUUUAAUCCAAUUGAUAUAUAUAUGUAGGUACAUAUGUAUCUCCUUAUCUUGUUUUAAUCCAAUUGAUAAUCUACUUAUAUAUCUUGUUAAA